UCAAACCUCUUUGUAUACACACACAUACAAACAUAGCUAGCUCCACACAGCAACUCAACUGAAGCUUCCAUUUGCUUAGCUCACAAGCAACUGAGCCAUGGCUUCGGCAGUUUCAACCGUUGGAACUGUUAACGGAACACCUUUGGGCUUAAACAGCUCUGGUACCGGAGGCAACUCGGUGUCGAGCUCGGCUUUCUUCGGAGGAAGCUUGAAGAAGAUUAUCAGCCAAAGAUCCCCCAGCUUCCCGAGAAUUGGGAGUGGAAGCUUGAGAGUUGUUGCGGAAUUGGAUGAGGAGAAACAGACCAAAAAGGACAAGUGGAAAGGGCUUGCGUACGAUGUUUCGGAUGACCAACAAGACAUCACCAGAGGAAAGGGAAUGGUUGAUUCUCUCUUCCAAGCUCCCACGGGUACCGGCACUCACCAUGCUGUCAUGAGCUCCUACGAGUACAUAAGUGCUGGACUUCGCCAAUACAACUUAGAUAACAACAUGGACGGGCUAUACAUAGCUCCAGCUUUCAUGGACAAGCUUGUGGUUCACAUCACCAAGAACUUCAUGUCGCUUCCCAACAUUAAGGUUCCCCUCAUCCUCGGUAUCUGGGGAGGCAAAGGGCAGGGAAAAUCCUUCCAGUGUGAGCUUGUGUUUGCCAAGAUGGGAAUCAACCCCAUCAUGAUGAGUGCCGGUGAGUUGGAGAGUGGAAACGCAGGAGAGCCUGCAAAGCUGAUUAGGCAGAGGUACCGUGAAGGGGCAGACAUAAUCAGGAAGGGGAAAAUGUGCUGUCUCUUCAUCAAUGAUCUUGAUGCCGGUGCUGGUAGGCUUGGGGGAACCACGCAGUACACAGUGAAUAACCAAAUGGUGAAUGCAACUCUGAUGAACAUUGCUGAUAACCCAACAAAUGUACAGCUUCCCGGUAUGUACAACAAGGAGGAUAACCCCCGUGUGCCCAUCAUUGUCACUGGUAAUGACUUCUCCACUCUGUAUGCGCCUCUCAUCCGUGACGGUCGUAUGGAGAAGUUCUACUGGGCUCCCACAAGGGAAGACCGCAUCGGUGUCUGCACUGGAAUCUUCAGGAGUGACAAUGUCCCCUUGGAGGACAUUGUUAAGAUUGUUGAUACUUUCCCUGGUCAAUCUAUUGAUUUCUUCGGUGCCUUGAGAGCUAGAGUCUAUGACGAUGAAGUGAGGAAGUGGAUAUCGGGUGUAGGAGUUGAGAGUGUUGGGAAGAAGCUUGUCAACUCAAAGGAGGGCCCUCCAACUUUUGAUCAGCCGAAGAUGACAGUUGAGAAACUCCUCGAAUACGGUAACAUGCUUGUCCAGGAGCAGGAGAAUGUGAAGAGAGUUCAAUUGGCUGACAAGUACUUGAGCGAGGCCGCUCUUGGAGACGCCAACCAGGACUCCAUCAAGAGAGGAACUUUCUAUGGCAAGGCAGCUCAGCAAAUUAAUAUACCAGUUCCUGAGGGCUGCACUGAUCCAUUGGCAGCAAACUUUGAUCCAACGGCCAGAAGUGACAAUGGUAGCUGCCAGUACUAAAUCUAAAGCCAAUCUAAUGCUUGCCGAUGCUCCACGAGGAAUUAAUGAUAUUACUAGCAGCUAUUGAGUACUAUUCCUAUAUGUUGUGAUAAAUUACACUUUUGUUAUAGUGAAAUGAGUGUUUUGGUUUGCAUUUUAAUCAUUCCAUGAGCUAUGAUUAGCACCUUUUCUCUGUCCAUUUCCAUGAAGUGGAUGUUGUUUUUAGAAACCAACAGUUGUAAAGUAUUGUUAUGGGCGCUUGAUGUCAAAUAAAUCUUUUAAGUACAAAA